AUGUCGAAUUCAGUGGUCACUACUCGAUCUGGUGUCCUGUCGAACUCGAGCUCUGUCAACCCUACUAUAGACAGCAAGACUGCUGUGAUGUCACAUACCAUCAGUAGAAACCAUGCGAAAGGCAAGGCAUUCCAGAUGAAUGGCGAUAUCGUGGGCCAGACACAUCACUGGGAAAUUCAGAUCUUCAAUUCCUACCUUCCUCCGGCCCUCAAAGAUUGCGCCCAUCCAGUGUACAUGGACUGGCUGCCCGGCAAUACAUCAGAGGAACGAACACCUCGACUCAGAUCUAAUAUGCCUACCACCCAGAAGCCGAUAUUGCGAAAGGCCCACCGCUGCCCGAAACCAAGUUCUAGACAACAUCAAAGAUCCGCUUUUUCGGAUCUCCAGCUUCAGUUUCUAAACCUGCUUUCAAAAUCCAAUGGCAAGAAACGUCCAGUCUGCGCAAUCUUCGAAUCCGAUUGCGCAAGGAGUUACAUAUCGAAGAGGAUAGUCAAGCGAUUUGCCCUUACAACUUACGUCGAUAGCUCAGCGGAGACCUCCACUGUUGUCGUCGGCAGCAGUAAGAUCACGCCCUCGCGCGUCUACGUUGUCCUCGUCACUCCAGGGGAAGUGGGCAUCGAGCAAACCCCGUAUCACUUCUACGUGGUCGAACACUGCCGAUUCGACGUCCUGAUUGGAUCCAAUAUUAUUACCAACCUUUCAUCAUCAGCGAAAACAUGA